UUUAAGGCUGCACGCGAAGACAGUAAAUAGAGAGAGAUGGAGGAAGUGAGUCUAGUGUUCCUGCCAACCCCAGGUAUCGGACACUUGAUCUCUACCGUGGAAUUAGCAAAACUCCUUGUUAAGCAGAAGCCCUUCUCCAUCACAAUUCUAAUGAUGCGCCUUCCUGUCAGAGACACCGACGCCUACAUCAAAUCCGUUUCCGCCUCUGGCCUCAACAUCCGAUUCGUGGACCUCCCUUUGAUCCAGCUCUCACCCUCUGUGGAGAGUCAGGGCCCACCAUCAGUCACGCCUUUAUUUAUCGAAAGCCACAAGCCCCUUGUCAACGAUGUCGUUGCAGGAAUACUCAACUCAAAAAAGACCCGAGUGGCCGCAUUGAUCAUCGACUUCUUCAUGACCACCAUGAUCGACGUGGCAACGGAGCUAGGCAUCCCUGCAUACAUAUACUUCACAUCUGGCGCAGCCUCGCUAGCGCUCAUGCUAUAUCUUCCGACGCUCCACACCCAGAUACCCUGCGAGUUCCAUGAAUACCAAGGAGAAGUAGUGAUUCCUGGGAUGCGGCCGUUGCCUCCCAACGUCAUGCCAACGCCACUGAUGAACAAGAAAACUGACGGGUACGCAUGGUUCGUCCACCACGGCCGAAGAUUCCUUGAAACACAAGGAAUCAUCAUCAACACAUUCUCCGAGCUAGAGCCGACCCCACUCAAAGCGAUGGCCGAUGGUCGAUGCUUGCCCGAUCACGCCACUCCACCUAUCUACCCAGUGGGACCAUUGAUCGCUCUCGACGAGAAUUCCCAAUCCAAAUCGAGCGUCUUGAUCGAGUGGCUGGAUCAGCAACCCCGCACAUCGGUUGUCUUCCUAUGCUUCGGAAGCAGGGGCGCCUUCUCCCUGCCGCAGGUGAAGGAGAUCGCACUGGGGCUGGAGAAGAGCGGGCACCGGUUCCUUUGGUCACUGCGGUGCCCUGCAUCAGAGAAUCACAGCAUGCCGGUCGAUGCGGAUUUGGACCACGUCUUGCCGGAUGGUUUCUUGGAUAGGACCAAAGGGCGGGGAUUGGUGUGGCCGUCUUGGGUGUCGCAAAUGGCAAUCCUCGCCCACCCGGCGGUUGGAGGCUUUGUUUCGCACUGUGGCUGGAAUUCGAUCUUGGAGAGCUUAUGGUUUGGAGUGCCUAUAUUGGCAUGGCCUCUGUAUGCUGAGCAGAAGCUCAACGCUUUCCAGCUGGUGAAGGAUUACGGUCUGGCCGUGGAACUGAGGUUGGAUUUUGACGGAGAUGGGUGGGUUAGCGCAGAGGAUUUGGAAAGGGGAGUAAGGUGUUUGAUGGAUGACUGUGAGGAAGGGAUGAAAGUGAGGAAGAGAGCGAAGGAAAUAGGAGAGGCGAGCAGGUCUUCUGUGAAAGAUGGGGGCUCUUCUUUAGCUUCCUUGGAGCGUCUUACGGACUUACUCACCCAUGGUUCAACUAACUGAGGAGAUGGCAAGGUAGAGCCACGAGAAUCUGAAUAUGUUAGAACUAUAGGUCUGCAUAUCAUGUACCAGGUUAAGAUAUCAAUUUGGGCCGUAUAUCUAAGUAAUCGUUGUUAUGAAUAAAUUCAUGGGUUAUUUAGAAGGAACAUUUCCCACGUAUACUUUAUCA